UAACAAGGUAACUAAAAAUUAUCGUUAACUUGAUUGAGCCCAAAUUGAAAAUUUGGUCCUCUACAAAAUAUGAUAAUCCGUCAUAAUUACCAUUUAGUAAAAAGCUUAACAACAAGGCAAACGGAAAACCAAAGCGAAGUGUUUUGAGUGACGUCGCGGUCAAUGACGCGCUAAUUUUGAUUUCAGUAUUUUUGAUUCCCUGAACGUUUUACCAAUUGUAAAACAGUUUAGCCCACUCCCACUCCGUGAAAAUUCUUUUUUCCAAAUACAAACGAAAACAAAGCAAAUCGCAAACAAUCUGAAGAAUUGAAAAAUACUGAAAUAGCAGGAAUGCGCAGUUGUACCAUCUCGCGGAUUUUUUAAUUCUGUCUCAGCCAACAAACGGGUUUAUGAUGCUGACUUUACGAGGAUUGGAGGGGUUUUGUCCGACUUACCGGAGACUUCUGUGGAGACAUUUGCGAAAGUUUUCUUCGGGUGCACAAAAAGAACAAUAUGACUUGAUAGUCAUCGGUGGUGGAUCAGGUGGAUUGGCUUGUGGAAAAGAGGCGGCUGAUCUUGGAAAAACUGUUGCUGUUUUGGAUUUUGUAAAGCCCACACCAAUUGGCACAAAAUGGGACAUUGGAGGCACAUGUGUGAAUGUCGGUUGCAUACCGAAAAAAUUGAUGCAUCAAGCUGCAUUACUAGGUCAUUCAAUACAUGACGCAAGAAAGUUUGGUUGGAAUAUUCCAGGAGAUAUAACAAAUAAUUGGGAAGAGCUGAGCCAUGCGGUGCAGAUGCAUGUCAGAUCAUUAAAUUGGGGACAUAAAGUACAAUUAAAUGAAAGAAAAGUGAAAUACUACAAUGCAUAUGGAAGCUUUGUUGACGCAAACACUGUGAGAGGUACGAAGAAAAAUGGAGACAAGAUCUAUUUACAAAGUGAUAAUAUUGUCAUUGCUGUCGGUGGAAGACCAAGAUAUCCUAAUUUUCCAGGUGCAAGGGAACACUGUAUCACUAGUGAUGAUUUGUUUUGGAAGAAAAAACCUCCUGGAAAAACAUUGGUGGUAGGUGGAAGCUAUGUUGGACUGGAAUGUGCUGGAUUUCUUCAUGGACUUGGAUUUGAUACAACAUCAUUAAUCAGAUCUAUUCCAUUGAGAGGUUUUGAUCAGCAAAUGGCAAAGUUGGUUACAGACAACAUGACAGACUGUGGUAUGAAUAUUCAAUAUGGCAUGAUUCCAACUCAUGUCGAAAAAUUAACUGAUAAUACUUUGAAAGUAGAACUUCAAUCUGUAGAUGGAACAAAGACGAUUACAAAUAAUUUUGACACUGUGUUAUUAGCAACUGGCAGAGAUCCACUUACCAGUGAACUGAAUCUAUCAAGUGCAGGUAUUGAAACGGACAAUAUGGGAAAAGUUAUUGUAAAUAAGGAAGAAAAAACAACAGCUUCGGGAGUUUAUGCAAUUGGUGAUGUAGCUGAGAAUCGGCCGGAGUUAACACCAGUUGCGAUUAAAUCUGGCAAGCUAUUAGCAAGAAGACUAUUUUUAAAUUCGAAAGAGCUGAUGCAUUAUCAUGUCAUACCUACUACAGUAUUUACUCCAUUAGAAUAUAGCACUGUGGGUCUCAGCGAAGAAAAUGCAAUUGCACAAUAUGGUGAAGAAAAUUUAGAGAUUUAUCAUGCUUUUUACAAACCAUUGGAAUAUACAAUUCCUGAAAGAGAUAGUUCACAAUGUUAUAUCAAAGUAAUAACAGAGCGAUAUAAUGAACAGAAAAUCUUAGGAAUCCAUUUAAUUGGUCCCAAUGCUGGUGAAGUUAUGCAGGGAUUUGCUGUUGCAAUGAGAUGUGGGGCUACUUAUCAGCAUCUAUCAAGUGUAGUGGGAAUCCAUCCAACCUGUGCAGAGGAACUUGUUAAAAUUCAUAUUACGAAAAGAUCAGGUCUUGAUCCAACAGUAACUGGUUGCUGAGGAUAACUUGCGCGAAAAGAAUGAAACUUUUCGUGCAGGUUGUUGUUUUACAGUGAUGGCAUUAUGGCUAAAAGGGACUUUUGAAUGAAAAGUUUUGUACAGUGGGAAAAACAUGCCUAGGAAAAUUUGCGCGGGCCAGCCAACAAUAAUGAGGGACCACCAUGUUUUGACGUAUGGCUGGCUCACAGUUCAAAUAUUCAGGAAAAUGCUUGCCAUUGCAUUGCCGAUUUCUUUUAAUGUGUCAUGAAUUUAAUCGAAGUGGGGUAUAUUCAUGCACAAAAUUAAA